AAUUUUGUUCUCAAAGAAGACUCUGUCUCUGUCUGUGUCUCUGUCUCUGUUCGUCUCUCAGAAGGAAUCGCUUAGCAUCACAUUCUUUUAAAGUUUACUUUUUGAUUCUUUGAUCUUCAGCUUCAGGGUCACUGUGCUUCUGGGCUCUGCUUACUUGUUUUAGGGUUCCUUUGAUUCUGAAUUGGAUUGCAAUUGGGUGGCUCACUCUGCUUUGCUCAAUUGCUCACACUUUAUCUUUUCAUGAGAAUAGCAGAACUUUUGACCUGAUCAGUGAACUGCCAGGGCAAAGGACAAGCAGGUAUAGUGCACAGGACAUGGGGUGCUUGGUUUCCACUCCAAAGGAUUCUGGUGGAAAUAGAAGGAGGCCAGGGAGUAUUGGGGAAGUUUCUGUGUAUGUUCCCGGUCUAAGAAUUCCCAAACCCGUUGAUUUUGCACAGUCACUUGGUGAUUACUUGUCUAAGAAUAUAGUGGAACGCCUGUCUGCUCUUAGAACUCGGAUAGUUGUAAUGGCUGGCCAAGAAGGUCCUACAAUUACAAGAACCAAAAGGAAGAGUGCCACUCAACAUGGAGGUUCAACACUGGCUGAUCUUCAGCAGGCUCUUGAAGACUACUUGCCAGUACUUUUGGGAUUAGUCAAAGAUGGAAGCCAUUUACAAUACAAAGUUCAAUUUGUUUGGGUGAAUCAGGAAGAUGAUGCAGAGGAAACAGCCAUGUCUAAUGCUUGGUAUGAAGUGUUGUCAGUUUUGCACUUGAUGGCAAUGCUAUCACUAUCACAGGCUAAUUUAUUACUUCUUCCAAGAACAUCCACCGAUGGUCAUCAGCCGAAAGUAUCAGAAGAAAGCAGACGAGCUUCUGUUGAUAUCUUCUUAAAGGCAGCUGGGUAUCUUGAUUGUGCUGUCAGGCAUGUUCUUCCUCAGUUGCCCGCUGAACUCAGGAGAAAUUUACCAGUAGACCUUGCGGAAGGAGUUCUUCGAGCACUCUGUCUACAAGCAUUGGGACAGGGUGUAGAUAUCCAACUUGGAAUGGCAAUUGAUAGUACAAAAGCCACUCUUGCUGUGAAGCGUAGACUUGCGUGUGAGAUGGUGAAAUAUUGGCAACAGGCUCAAGAUAAUAUAAUGAACCUUCCAUUAACAAAUGGUUGGGGCGAAAAGCAUGGUCUUUUUGUGAAAUGGAAGUACGUUGAAGCAAAGGCUGCAGCUUAUUAUUAUCAUGGUUUGAUUCUUGAUGAGGGAAACACAGAGAAAUCUCAUGGGAUGGCUGUAGCUGCUUUGCAAGCGGCAGAUGAGUAUUUCAAAGAAAGUAAGAAGCUAUGUGAUGCAUUCAAUGCAGCAUCUCCAUUGUCAAGAAAUCCACCUCUUUGGGGGACUAUGAAAUAUCUGUGUGAGAAAAUUCCUAAGGAUACUUCAAGCAAGGUGCGAAUAAACCGUGAUCUGUACUCUUAUGAGAGAAUCAUGGAGACAGCGCCAACGUUGCCUGAUUUUGCCUUGGCUUUGAAACCUGAUGAAUAUCAACUUCCUCAGGUGGAUCCAUCUUGGAGAACAGAAAACGUGAAUGGGGGACAAAGUGGUGCCCCCAACCAUCUCAAGGGAUGAAAAAUUAAAAAACUACAUAUAUUUGCAGACCUCAAAAAUAUCAGAAAGAAGACAUUCAACUUCAAGCUCAGAAGGGUGAUUUUUCAGUGCUUGUCAAUAGAAGAAAAUUAACUAUUUCUGAUUGUGUCUGCCUUUUACCCUUUUUUUCUUCAUAAAUUGAUUCCCUCCCAUCCUCUCCACAAGUGGAAAUAGAGCUUUAAGUUGUGUUACUAUGUAAAUUUGUCUAUUUGAGGGGAAAAAAAGAAAGGGUUUCCUUACCAAUACCCAAAUAAUAAGAUUAUUACUGUUUUGCUAAAGGCAGUCAAAUCCUCCAUUUGUUAAAUCAAGUUGUACAAGUGAUCGUGUGUAAAAUUGACUUGUGCAUUGCGGAGAAAGAAAAAUUUCCUUGAGGUUGUGUUAAAAUUCGAAAUGCUAAGGGAAUUUAUGACGUU